ACAGUGCAGAUUGGGUAUGAGUUUGUAUGAACUCAGUACCAUCGUUGUGAAGUUUUUCACCUUAGGGGCUGUAGCAGCUGUCCUUUUUGUUAUCUUCAAACUUUUCCAGCAAAGCAAGAAGCACAAGGAAUCAGAAAAGGACAUGGCUAGUAUGGCACAUAAAACUCACGAAGCCCAGCAAAUGGGCAUUGGGAAAGCUAUUGCUGUGUUGACUUCAGGAGGGGACGCUCAGGGAAUGAAUGCAGCUGUCAGAGCCGUGGUGAGAGUUGGAAUCUACACAGGAGCCAAAGUCUUCUUCGUCCAUGAGGGUUAUCAAGGACUUGUAGAUGGUGGUGAUAACAUCAAAGAAGCGACGUGGGAAAGUGUCUCUCUGAUGCUUCAGCUGGGUGGGACAGUUAUUGGAAGUGCCCGCUGUAAGGAUUUUCAAAGUCGAGAAGGCCGUUUGAAAUCAGCUUACAACCUGGUAAAAAAAGGAAUCACCAACUUGUGUGUUAUUGGUGGAGAUGGGAGUCUUACUGGAGCAAAUGAUUUCCGCACAGAAUGGUCUGGUCUGUUGGAUGAAUUGAAAAAUGCAGGCAAAAUCAGUGCAGAAGAAGUAAAGACAUACUCUCACUUGAAUAUUGUUGGAUUAGUUGGCUCCAUUGAUAAUGAUUUUUGUGGCACUGAUAUGACCAUUGGUACAGACUCUGCUCUUCACCGCAUCAUGGAAGUUGUGGAUGCCAUAACAACUACAGCACAAAGCCACCAGAGGACAUUUGUUCUGGAAGUCAUGGGUCGUCACUGUGGUUACUUAGCCCUGGUGACUGGUCUAGCAUGUGGAGCUGAUUGGGUAUUCAUUCCAGAGAGCCCACCUGGAGAGAAAUGGGAAGACCUCCUCUGUCACCGGCUGAGUGAGACAAGAUCCCGCGGAUCCCGGCUGAAUAUUAUCAUUGUAGCAGAAGGUGCCAUUGAUCGAAAUGGCCAUCCCAUCUCCUCUGAGUACAUCAAAGAUCUUGUUGUGAAACGUCUAGGAUUUGACACUCGAGUGACUAUCCUUGGCCAUGUCCAGCGUGGUGGAACUCCAUCUGCCUUUGACAGAAUUCUGGCAAGCAGGAUGGGUGUAGAGGCUGUAAUGGCUCUUUUGCAAGCCACUCCAGAAACUCCAGCUUGUGUCAUUAGUCUUUCUGGUAACCAGAUCAUUCGGCUUCCACUCAUGGAAUGUGUCCAAGUGACUAAAGAUGUCACAAAAGCAAUGAAGAAUAAGAAAUUUGAUGAUGCUAUUAAGUUAAGAGGAAGGAGUUUUCUGAGUAACUGGGAAACAUACAAAAUGCUGGCACAUAUUCAUCCUCCUGCUAUCAAGAGUGCGUAUAGCAUUGCAAUUCUGAAUGUUGGAGCACCAGCAGCAGGGAUGAAUGCAGCAGUGAGGGCUGCAGUAAGAACUGGUUUACUCCAAGGUCACAAGAUGUUUGCAGUACAUGAUGGCUUUGAAGGAUUAGCCAAAGCACAGAUUGAAGAAAUUGGCUGGGGAGGUGUUGGUGGAUGGACAGGUGCAGGUGGUUCUCGGCUUGGAACAAAAAGGAUUUUGCCUUCUAAAUACUUUGAAGAAAUCAGUGAAACUAUCAGCAAAUUUAAUAUCCAUGGUCUGAUCAUCAUUGGUGGAUUUGAAGCUUUUACAGGUGGCUUGGAGUUAAUAAAUGGUCGAGCAAAAUAUGAGGAACUCUGCAUCCCAUUUGUUAUAAUCCCUGCCACUGUGUCCAACAAUGUCCCUGGCUCAGACUUCAGUAUAGGAGCUGAUACAGCCCUGAACACCAUCACAAUGACCUGUGACCGCAUCAAGCAGUCAGCUGCAGGCACCAAGAGAAGGGUCUUCAUCAUUGAAACUAUGGGAGGAUUCUGUGGGUACCUGGCAACCAUGGCAGGCCUUGCAUCUGGAGCAGAUGCUGCUUAUAUAUUUGAAGAGUCAUUCUCAAUUCAUGACUUGCAGAUAAAUGUAGAACACCUGACUGAGAAGAUGAAGACGACCGUAAAGAGAGGCCUGAUUCUCAGAAAUGAGAAAUGUAACGAGAAUUACUCAACCGAUUUUAUAUACAAUUUGUAUUGUGAGGAAGGCAAAGGUGUCUUUGACUGCAGGAAGAAUGUUCUGGGACACAUGCAACAGGGUGGCACCCCAACUCCAUUUGACAGGAAUUUUGGCACCAAACUGGGUGUAAAGGCUGUUAUGUGGAUGACAGGCAAAAUGAAGGAAUGUUCCAGACAUGGUCGCAUAUUUGCAAAUACAGAUGAUUCUGCCUGCUUGUUAGGGAUGUAUAAAAGAAGCCUCAUAUUUCAGCCACUGUCAGAAGUUAAGAACAUUACUGAUUUUGAUCAUCGUAUUCCGAAAGACCAGUGGUGGCUAAAGCUUCGUCCACUUUUGAAGAUUCUUGCAAAAUACAAGAUCUGUUUGGAAACAUCUGCAGAAGUGCAGCUAGAACACAUUAUCCGCAAGAGAAUCUCCCUGGAACAGCAGCAGCAGCAGCAGCAGGCCUCAUAGAGAUAAACUGCAUUAGGGUGCAUCUGUUUUGUUGUACAUGACACACUCUGCAAACAUUGGUUUGUGUGCAUUUUACUCUGUUACCAGGAUUUAUUAUUCUUUCUCUUACAUGACUUUUUAUAUACUACCAAUUUGAUGCAUGUUAUUGUAGUAUGGGAAUGAAAACUUGUAAUGGCCAUGAGACAAAAGCACACUCAAGGAAAGAUGUGGGCAUGUGGCUUGCACUGACUCACCCAUUCUCACUACAAUUGAUGCUUUUGCCAUCAACUUGAAAAUCUAGGCUGGAGUGCUGCAUUUUAUGGCUGAUAAGGGAAACAAUGAAAAGUAAGUUAUCUGAUUUAUUUUUGGAGAGGGAGGAAGGGAAAUUGAGGGGCAUAAAGCAUGCUCUGUGUUCAUUCUCCACUACAGGUUGACUGCAACUGCUAGCAUCUGUAACAACAACCACAAUAUCAUGUUUCAACUCAGAAGGUAUGGGGGAGGUGAUGACAACAAAUUUGCUGACUGAUGAAGGACAGCAAGAAUAGAGUAUAAGGCAUCUGACCCUUUCUCUAUUCCUUCCCCCAAAAAGGAAAAAAACAAUUUAAUAGAUAUGGAAUAUAUCCUUAAAUAAAGAAACAUUAAAUGAUUUUGAAAAAUGCAACAUGUUAAGAAUAAAUAUACAUGAAAUUAUAUAAUUAAAAUGUACAAAUUUCUGACAAACUAAAAAUAUAUUAAAAACAGAUAAAAUGUGGAAAUGAUUUUGGAUAAUAAGUCUAUAAAUGUUUACAUCUGGUUGUGCCAUUGAUAUUUCAAAAAUACUGUUGCCCAUUCUGUCAAAAGGAGUAUUACAGUAUGUAUCUUACAGUGACAUGUGAAACUGAUGCUUUUCCAGUAAUAUAUUGCAGAAUAAAUUCACAUUUAUUUAUUUGUUA